AUGAUGUUUCUUAAAACGGUUAUAGUGUUCGCAGCAAUUCUGGUCGGAAUUUCAUCAUCGGUAUCUUCACAAACCAGUAAACCCAGAGAGAAACCCACUUUUUGUGAAGGAGAAGAAUGUGUCACAUUACCUACAAGAAGAAUUCUUAAAUUUUAUAAAGAUCUGCUAUUGACUAAAGAGGAAAUUCAAAAGAAACUUGACCUAUGGGCAGUGAAGAGAAAAGAAAGGUUUGGGCAGGGUGGCACAGGCUCGUUUUUAACGGUUUUGUGUAGGAAUCCAUUCUUUCAAAGGCAACAGUUUUGUAAAAAUUGGAAAGAAAGUAACCAAGACUAUGAUUUGUGUUGUCCAACGCAAAUCCAUCACAUGUCUACUACCACAAUGGUCAAUGCUCAAAAUAAAACAAAAUUUUUAGUGAAAUUAAUCAACCCAGUUCGUGAGCAGUUUAUUCCAGAAGCAUCAUGUUUGUUAGUAUUUAGUUCUUUUGAUCAAUAUUUUCUAGAUUGUGUUGAUUAUCUUAAACCAUAUUAUAUGCCAGUAAUGGUAGGGCAAGCUAGAAGAAGAUAG